UUGUUUUCAGGUUUCUUACUAGGCGUAACGGCUCUUCUCUUUUUCUUCUUACACUACGGUAUCGCUGCCUUUAUACUACUCACGGCGAUCGUUGUUUCUCAGUGUUUCAUCCGAUUUGACGUAUAUUCAGCCACGUCAAGCUUAAUUCCAAUUGGAAUCUGUGUUGCCGAGCCCGUAUGCAUGAUAAUCACAUGGUACUUUUACACAAAUUUGUUUGUCUCAUGGUGGCUUCAGAUCAUAUUCGUCAUAACCAUGGUCAUCUUGUUUGGUUCAUUACUCAGAGUUGUGUUCAAGGAUCCCGGUGUCAUUCCUCGCAAUUACGAAACACACACUGAUUUUGUGGAAGCUGUUGAAAAUUGCGAACGUGUGAAUUACUGUUUUACUUGUUGGGUGGAUAAACCUCAAGGAGCAAAGCAUUGUAGUGUAUGUGAUCGAUGUGUGAAAGAUUUCGAUCAUCAUUGCCCAUGGCUACAUCAGUGCAUAACUUCCCGAAAUCUGCGAUUAUUUUUGGUUUUCGUUGCUUGUGUAGCCGUUUCAGCUGGGAUCUACACUUGUGCAUGUGUCCUGUUUAUUAUCAGCGAGUACCAUCGAAUGGACUUAGAUGGAGUGCUCAAACAUCACAGUUGGUUGUUGUUCACGUUGGUCGUCGCCUUUUUCCACAUGAUUAUGUUGUCCGCGCUAUUCUUCAACCAGUGUCUACAAAUAUCGGAAAAAGUGAUGACAAUCGAUCGAAUCCGAGGUCAUCCUCGUCGUCAUGCACGUUCACAUGCGUAUUCCCAUUCACACCAUUCGCAAUCGCAUUCGACAACAGAUGAGUCAAGUUCGUCCCGAUCAUUCAGGGAAGGUAUCACGAUGUCGACGCGAGUGCGUAACAUCCAAGAAUUCUGUUGCAAUUCACCCAACUGA